GUGUCAAUCUUUGGGGGGUGAGUACUUGAGGUCUCCAACCAGCAAUGAUAUAGCAAGGUUACUAGAAGUUGGACAAAGGCGUGGAUUUCCAGGAAUGUUGGGUAGCAUUGAUUGCAUGCACUGGAAAUGGAAGAAUUGUCCUAGUGCUUGGAAAGGCCGUGGUCCUCCAUGCAACUAUACUAUCAAUGGUCACGAGUACACAUUGGGAUAUUAUCUUGCUGAUGGUAUAUAUCCUUCGUGGGCAACAUUAGUAAAAACAAUUCCUGCUCCACAUGGAAAAAAGAAAAAACAUUUUGCUGCUUGCCAGGAGUCUGCAAGGAAAGAUGUCGAACGUGCGUUCGGAGUACUCCAAUCUAGAUUUGCAAUUGUGCGUGGACCUGCAAGGUAUUUCCAACCUGAAGUUCUAAAAGAUAUUAUGUACGCAUGCAUUAUCUUGCACAAUAUGAUUGUUGAAGAUGAACGUCAUCUAUAUCUCGGGGCUGACCAAUUCAAUUAUGAAGCCAAUGAUGAUACUCCAUCCGAGCCAAUUUCACGCGAUAAUAUACCUGAAUUCAUGGAGUUCAUUGCCCAACAUCAUCGUAUUAAAGAUAGAGUCACUCAUUCUCAACUCCAAGCCGACCUUAUCGAGCACUUAUGGAAUAUGCAUGGCCGAGCAUAAUAUGGAUUUCUUGAAAAGCCAACGUCAUCUUCGUUGGUGUAUUGUAGUGCUCAUUAAAAUUCAACUUCUUUUUAUGACUUCCUUUUUAUUAUUUUAAUGUUGAGAACCUAUCACUAGUUUGUUUAAUUGAAGGCAGUAUCACUUGUUCAUCGUAUUAA